AAAGUGGUGAAAGUUAAGCGCUAACUCUCUACCGCACCGCCGCGAUCGCAGACGUACCAGUCGGCCUCUGGCGUCCAAGGCUGCACGUGAAGAAGUGCCGCCCGCCCGAGACACAAGCACGAAAGACACCCAUCUUGCGUGCCGUGUGUUUUUUAUUUUUCCAGCGGACGGUGUCGCGCAAUUCCUAGAUUAUGUGUUCGCGGAGUGCAGUCGCGUAAUUUUCGGGUGCCAGAAGUUUAAAGUUAAAGUCAGUGUGUUAGAAAUAAAGGAAUAUCACCAGACACAAAAACACCUAAUUGGCAAGAAGUGUGGAUAAAUGGAUAAAAAUGAAUAAGAUACACUCAGGUAUACUGGCAAUCGUGAUGUCUAUAUUUUUGAUACAAGCAACUGACCCGCCAAGCGACAAAUCCACGGGGUCUUUCUUAGCGCAAGCGCCUUCACCACUUCGGAGACUUACUGUGCCCAAUGCGGUAGAAAUCAAACAUCUUGCUUUUGAAAGUUUAGCUAAUCGCAGGGUGCAAACGUUUGUACCAACACAAAUUCCAGUUAAGGUGGAGGCGCCUGGCACAACAAUCUCACCCAUUGUAACAAAGACAAAUACAACUGAUUUUGAAAAAAAAGAAAAUUCAAGCAUAACAUUUGAAUCUGUUAAACCAAGUCGUCUAGAUGAGUUUUUAUUUGACCCACCUGAGAAUCAAACGCUUGACAGUCAGUUAUUCGAUGUUUUGGUUGAUACUAACCCGAUCAUAGAAGAUAACACUCAAAAGAAUCUUUUGAGAAGAGAUGAUCUCAUAUCUGGCAUCAAUGAUAACGAACAUAUCGGUGAGAUUCUUCCAAAUGAUUAUAACAAAGGCACGCAUGUAAACCAAGUGCCUAACCAUGCCUACAACCCACGCCAAUCUGUCCAACCUGCAGCAAGACAACAACGUACACAGCGCCAGAACUGGCCCCGUAGAAAUUUUGAUGAGUCAUUCCGUCAAAACCAGUUUAAUCCAUCAGUGAACUCACAAAAUAGCAAUAACAAUCAUAACCGGAAACGAUUCCGGCAGGAUUACAACGAACAAGGCCCAGAAUUUGAACUAUCCGGUUUUGAAGAUCCUACGAAUUACCGACAAUUUGAUUAUGAACCUCAAGCGAGUGAAAAUUUUGCACAACCCAUACGAGUUCAGCCAAAUCGUUUUCUUGCUUCUGAAGCAGGUCCUGCUUCUUAUAGGAUACCACGAAGACAACGCGGAUAUCGGGAGAUGUUCUUCCAAUCCCCCAUUUAUCGAGAACCAUUUUUCGAAUCUCAUUUUCCAUCGUGGGAAGGACAAGUUGGUAAUCGUCGGCCUCGGGUAAUAUUCCCUACGGAUUUGGUCGCAUUUCGGGAUACCGCAAAUUUGGUUCCAAACCCUAGUGGACUGAGUGGUCCCAGUGGACCUAGCGGCGUAGAUAAAGAACCAGAUUUGUUGUCAGGGGACGGCAACCUUCAAGAUAUCCAACAACAAUCCGACAACCGUGAACGAGGAGCCGAGAUAGUGUGCGCCUCGGGGGCGACGUGCGAAUUCUUCCUGACUUGCUGGCUGUCGGGCGGCCUGCUGGAGAACCCCUGCGAAGGACUGCUGCGAGGAUGCUGUUCGAGGGGUGCCUCCACCAAGGCCGGCCAGAGCCACAGUCAGGCGAUCGGUACGCUGGAGGCGCCCCGGGAAACGGCCAAAGCCAAGGCGCAAUCCGCGCUGCUCGAUGCAGACACUCGCUGUGGAAUUUCGACGCGUCAGCAAGCGCAGAGACGGAUCGUUGGUGGCGAUGAGGCUGGAUUUGGUAGUUUUCCAUGGCAGGCCUACAUCCGCAUCGGAUCUUCAAGAUGCGGCGGUUCUUUAGUAAGCCGCAGACACGUCGUCACAGCAGGACACUGCGUCGCACGAGCCACCCCCAGACAAGUCCACGUGACCCUUGGUGAUUACGUAAUCAACAGCGCUGUGGAACCCCUGCCAGCGUAUACAUUUGGCGUAGCGCAAAUUCAAGUGCAUCCGUUCUUCAAAUUCACUCCUCAAGCCGAUCGGUUUGAUGUGGCUGUUCUGCGAUUGGAUAGAACUGCGCAUCAACUGCCGCAUAUUGCACCAAUCUGCUUACCACCCAAAGGCGAGAGUUUUCUGGGUGAAGUUGGUGUAGCGGCAGGAUGGGGUGCAUUAUCACCUGGUUCCCGUCUACGUCCGCAAACAUUACAAGCAGUGCAAGUGCCUGUCAUUGACAGCCGUUUAUGUGAGCGAUGGCAUCGCUCGAAAGGAAUCGGAGUUGUUAUAUAUGAUGAAAUGCUGUGCGCUGGAUAUAAAAAUGGCGGACGUGACAGUUGUCAGGGUGACUCCGGUGGCCCGCUUAUGCUACAGAAGCAAAGCCGCUGGUAUCUUAUCGGCAUUGUUUCAGCAGGAUAUUCAUGCGCUCAGCCUGGUCAACCCGGGAUUUAUCAUCGGGUGGCACAGACUGUCGACUGGAUUACGCGAAUGAUUGGCUCGUAGCCAAAAUAUUUAUUUCAAUUUUACUUUGACUUCUCAAAUCAAGUCUUGACAAGUUUUAUUUUUAUUUAUACUGUUUUUGUUCUUGUUUUUAUUUUUGUUUGUUGUACCCAGUGAAGUUCAUCAUCUUUAUAUCUAUUCUGUGUGCC